AUGCUCAGACAACUUGCUCGCACUUCCCUGCAGAAUACCACCAGACGAAUCACAUUAGCGCAAUUGCCUCGUAAAUCUUUCCUGAGAUCAUCAACUGCGUCUGCUCCUUGCAUUUUGCAACAUACAACAAGCAAUCGUCACUUCAGCUUCUCUUCAUCUCGCUUCAAUGAGAGUCCUUCUUAUACUGUAACAGACUUGUCAACCGACAGAUAUCAUCGCUUAUCUGAUGAGGUGCUGGAUCAUAUGGUGACCAGAUUAGAGGAGCUGGCUGAUGAAAUUGAGAUGGAAGGAUUCGAUGUGGAAUAUAACCAAGGUGUCAUGACCAUCUCUGUAGGCGAGCAUGGCACAUAUGUCAUUAACAAGCAACCACCUAAUCACCAAAUUUGGCUGUCAUCGCCUGUCAGGUAA